AUGCCAAAAACUUCUAAGAUAAACCCACCGCUCGAAGAAAAAACUCCGGAAAAGCAAAUAAUUAAAAAUAUUAACAUAUUAGCCAAAGAAGAUACCGAGUUGAACACCCAAAAAAAAACAGUCAGUCCAUUUGAGCUAAAGCCCCUGCCAAAAGCUCCACCAAGAAAAAAUGAGAAUAAAGGAACUCGAAAAAGGCGUCACACCGAGAUUUUGACAGAUACGCCAAUAAAAGAGGCACUCAGAGAUGAACAAACAAAAAAAGUUCCAAUAAGAAAAGAGCUUAAAAAUAACAAAGAAAACAAAAAACAAAAUGAAAGAAGAAAAAUGUAA